UAAAUGCGGAAGGGAUGAAUUUUGCAACAUGGGAUACGAAUGUUUAAAAGCAUGAGGUAGCUAAGGUUACGAGAAGCUGUUGCUGAGGAAGGAAGCUGCACUUGGCUUGUUAUGAUGGACGAUAAUUUUCUUCAAAAAUAAAACACGAUGAAAAGUAAUAUUCGUUCUUUCCAACCUCAUCCUGUAAGGCAGUCGAAGUGAUCACUCUCGGCAUGCACAACAAAACAUUGUUUUGGUAUCUUUAAUUUAUGUGUUCAGUGGGCUAAAUAAAGAUUUAUAUUUUGUUGCAAGACUGUACCAAAAAUCUCUGUACGUGAAAAUAAACCAAUUUAAUGUGGCUUGGUCCCAGGCUCUUCCCUUGCACUGUGCCUUCUUCAUGAGAUGGUAGAAAAUGCCACCACUCAUUACAGUGCACUUGGCUUGUGCGCCUAGGAUAAAUUCAGAAGCAAGAGUGCCAGCCCGACCUCUCCCCCAGCAUGAAGAGGUGCAAAUCGGAUGAGCUGCAGCAGCCAGACGAGGACUCUGCUGGGACUGAAGAUGCCCCCAUCCUGUCAACCAUGGAGGCCAAGCCUGGGGAUUUUGCUGCUACCCACUCGGAUUUGGGCACCUAUAAUCCAAAUCCAGCACCCCAUCCUGCUACUCGGAGUAAACCUCCUGAUUUAAAGAAGAUACAGCAGAUGUCCGAAGGGUCUAUGUUUGGCCAUGGACUCAAGCACCUUUUCCAUAGCCGUAGACGAUCCCGAGAACGGGAGCACCAGAACCCCCAGGAGUCAUCCCAGCAGCAGCACCAUGGCAUGUCUGACCAUGACUCCCCAGAUGAAAAAGAACGCUCUCCUGAGAUGCACCGGGUUUCUUAUGCCAUGUCUCUCCACGAUCUCCCAGCCCGACCCACUGCCUUCAACAGGGUGUUGCAGCAGAUCCGCUCCCGCCCUUCCAUCAAGAGAGGGACCAGUUUGCACAGUGGCAGUCGCCGAGCUAAGAGCGGUUCCUUGGAACCCCAGAAAAGCAGCCCACAUCUUGGCCGCAAGGCUCCCCAGGAUAGCAGCCUGACAGCAAUACUGCAUCAGCACCAAGGUCGCCCAAGAUCUUCAUCUACCACAGACACGGCCAUCCUCAUUGCUGAAAGUGGGACUGUCUAUCUCCUCACAGAAGAGUCAGAAUGCCUCAGUGACAAGUUGGACAAAGGGGAUGUGAGCCAACUCAGCCUGCCUUCAAAUACAAGCCAUGGCGAUGCUGAUGGCAACAUAUGCCUUGAUGUUCCAGAUGGCAAUCCAGACCCACAGAGGACUAAGGCUGCCAUUGACCACCUGCACCAGAAGAUCCUUAAGAUUACAGAGCAGAUCAAGAUUGAGCAGGAAGCCCGAGAUGACAAUGUGGCUGAGUACCUGAAACUAGCUAACAAUGCUGAUAAGCAACAGGCUUCUCGUAUCAAACAGGUCUUUGAGAAGAAGAACCAGAAGUCGGCACAGACCAUUGCCCAGUUGCAUAAGAAACUUGAGCAUUAUCACAGGAAGCUCAAGGAGAUUGAACAAAAUGGGCCCUCACGCCAGCCCAAAGAUGUAUUCCGGGACAUGCACCAGGGCCUCAAGGAUGUUGGGGCCAAUGUCCGUUCUAGCAUCAGUGGCUUUGGAGGUGGUGUGGUGGAAGGUGUCAAAGGCGGACUGUCAGGCCUUUCUCAAGCCACACACACAGCUGUGGUGUCCAAGCCCCGUGAGUUUGCCAGCUUGAUCCGCAACAAAUUUGGUAGUGCUGACAACAUUGCCCACCUAAAGGACACUCUGGAUGAUGGGCACCCUGAAGAGGCUUCACGAACUCUGAGUGGCAGUGCCACUCUGGUGUCAAGCCCCAAGUAUGGCAGUGAUGAUGAAUGCUCCAGCGCCACCUCUGGCUCAGCAGCAGGCAGCAACUCUGGCGCAGGCCCUGGUGGCUUGGGCAGUCCCAAGUCUAACACCUUGGACAGUCACCACUAUAAUUUUGAGACCAUCAUAGAAGAACUGCGAGAUAUAAAGGACAUUCAGUCACACCUCGAAGACUCCAUGGAAGACCUCAAGGCUCAGCUGCAACGAGAUUAUACUUACAUGACUCAGUGCUUGCAGGAGGAGCGUUACAGGUAUGAGCGCCUGGAAGAGCAGCUGAAUGACCUGACAGAGCUUCAUCAGAAUGAGAUGACCAAUCUGAAGCAAGAGUUGGCCAGUAUGGAGGAGAAGGUGGCUUACCAGUCCUAUGAGAGGGCCAGAGACAUUCAGGAGGCUGUGGAGUCCUGCCUGACCCGUGUCACCAAGCUGGAGCUUCAGCAACAACAACAGCAGGUGGUGCAGCUAGAAGGAGUGGAAAAUGCCAAUGCCCGGGCCCUGCUGGGCAAGUUCAUCAAUGUCAUCUUGGCCUUGAUGGCCGUCCUGCUGGUCUUUGUCUCCACGAUUGCCAAUUUUAUCACACCCUUGAUGAAGACCCGCAUGCGUCUCCUGAGCACAGCCCUACUUGUGCUUUUCCUCUUCUUUCUCUGGAAGCACUGGGACUCCAUCACCUACCUUCUGGAACAUGUGUUGCUCCCUAGCUGAUUCUAUUGGCAUCCACAAACCGGAGUUGCAGGGUGUCUGCUUUUCUUUUUCUUUUUCUUGUGGAGAUGGAGUGAAAAUGAGGAGACUUCCAAGUCAACUCUGUGUGUGCAUUCGUGCGCGUCCAUUUGGAGUAUGUAUUUCUCAUCUGCUUCCCCUGCACAUCCAUUUUUAUUCAUGCCCUAUUUCAUCUCAGCAGUAGGGAGAGUUGUUGCAUUGGGGCUUCUGAAGGGCCAAAUACGUUACCCUCUUGGGAUGUCCUUGCACGGGAUAGCAGGGAAGGCAAAAGAAGCCUGCAAAAAGCUCCAUUUGUGACACUUUGCUCGUUCUUUAAAGUGGAAAAAGCAGUAGUGAUGGGAAGGUGUGUCUGCAGACCGGAGUGACUUUAAAAAAAGAAGAAGGCAGUUGUUUGGUUGAUUUUUCUGCCUGAGAAGGGUGGUAGUAACCUCAUUCCUAGGCACAAUGCUAAGAUAGGAACAAAAUAAUUCAGACACUGAAGGUGAACUUCUCCUUUUUUUGGUAAACUCCUGCCCCUUAGGAACAUACACAGAGUUCAAGGAGUAGAAUGUACAUAUCACACCAGCUUAUCCAGGUCAAAUGGAUACUUACUUUCCAUUCCUUCAGAACCGGUGACACCAGCAAAGUAACUGGGCAUCUUCUUAUAAUUGGUUUGUCAACAUCGCUGGUUGCUUUACCAGUUCAGAUAUGAGAAAUGGAGACAGGAUCCAUGAAGAAAAUAUCUGCUGUUCUGGUGCAAGCUCAGCAUGUUUUGGUUGGAUUUGUUUUCUUUCUCUCUCUUUUUGCUUUUGUUUGAUAUCUUCAGGGACUUGUGAGAAAUUCCAACAUUGCAUCUGCGAAUUUUACAAUCUUGUGUGCAUGUGUACACAUACACACGUGUAUGUGUGUUUGUGUGUGUGUGUGUGUGUGUGUGUGUAUUAUUUAUUGAUUUCAAAAAUUUGUUUCUUUGUUAUGAAUCAAAUAUUGGUUAAAAAUUCAGCUGCCUUCACAUCUCCUGUGUCCCUAGAAAAAAACAGAAUAUGAAGAGGGCUCAAAUUGUAAUAAACUCCUAAGCCUGCCCAAAAUGAGAGAAUUUCCAUUUGAAUUUGGCAAUCCUUCUUCUGAUUCAGCCAGUAGAGAAUUAGACCAUUACUUUGAGAAUCUGAGAAGUAGGAUCAUGCCUUUAAUUUAAGAUUUUUUUAGCAAAUGGAAAGAAACUUACUGCCUUCAACUCUUAAGGGCCUUGAUGUAUUUCUCCAGUUUUUAUACAAAGAAAUAUAUUCAUGUUGUCCAUUGUUCCCAUUAUUUUGUUUUACAGCAAAACUGUAAGGACAUGGCACAUGUUUAAAACUUAAAAUGAAAUGCUUUAUCUGAGGAAUUAAUGUCUGGUUAUAUAUUAGCAUUCACAAAAGGUUAGAUGUUCUUACUAGUAAAAAGGGAAGGUUAACUGUAAAUUGGGCUGAAAGAUGUUGGAAGAAAUAGAACAGAAUCAUGGUUUCCAGUGCUAAUGCUUGAUCUUCAUGUGUGGCAGAGUGAAAUGAUAGUCUUGAGAUUUUAUGGAUGCUUCAGAUUCAUUGUUUUGUGUGGUCACAUUUUUUUGUGUUCAUUUUUGUUUUGCUGUUUAGUUACAAACCUUUGUGCAUCUAGAAAGCUAGCAUAACAGAGUCUUUUCUCUAAACCUUGUUAGAUUUCUACAUGCAUGCUUUCCCCCGCCAACAGCUUUUCAACUGCAUUCUUUAGUUGCAUUCUGAAACCACACAGUGUGCUACCAGCACUGCACUUUUCCAUUCUAUUGCAUGUGUAUGAAAAUCAUGAUUGUGUACAUUUUACACUGGAGGGAAUUUUGGGCAGGAAAAGAAAGAUGGCACUGUAAAUAAUGAGUAUAUGCACUUUAUGACACUUAUUAUAAAAGGCUGGAGUACACGACCCUAGCCUUGAAGAACUGCCAGCUUCCAUGAAGAUCAGGGAAAUUGUGAAGAGAAAUUUUUGAGCAGGUACGAUUCCUACCCUAACACUACAAAAGGAGAAGCGUCAUCUUCUGCAAUUCUUCCAUUGUCACAGGCUUAGUAACUAUACCCUGCUCAACAGAUCAGGUAUCUGUUUCUCUGUUCAGGCUGUCUUUCUGUAACCUACUUGUAAAUUUUCUUUUUAUUAUGCAAACCAUUUUUUUUCAAGGGUAGUGAAAACCCAGAUGCCUGCUCUUGGCUGUGAUAGCCUGCAUUUUAUUCACUUCCUUCAUUUAAAAAUGGAGAGAUAGUUCAAGCAUAAAGCAGUACCAGCAUGGAAGAUUGACCAGAGAUCUAGCAACUAGACUGUAUUGCCUUUUCUCAAGGAGGCGUCUAUGACAAAAUUCCAUCACAAGCAAAGAAACAUUCUGUAAUCUGCCUUUAAGCCCUGGAGAUGUGAAGAAUUCAAACUUUCGUUUAUGUAAUUAUUUAUUUUGUAUAUUUUCUUCCAAGUCAAGAAACCAGCAUAUCUUUUCUUUAUCUGUUACAGAAGGAGCUGGUAUUCUAGUGUAAUGUGCAUGAGUAAUUUAAUUAUGUCAGAGUGAAUGAAUGUUGGGUGAGUUGAAACAGAACUCUCAGUGACAAAAAAAACAACUAUUCCAGAACAUGAAAUAAAAGAUUUUGGCCACCA